AUGUCGACAGGCCAGGGUCCUCCGGCUGCCACUACGCCUGGGGUCACUCCUGGACAGCCCGCCCCAGGACCUCCGCUUUCAAACCAGAAUCUUAACCAGAUCGUUACGGAGUUUCUGUUGAAACGGGGCUACACCCGGACUGAGCUUGUGUUUAGAGACGAGUCCAAGCAUAUUAACGAGGAGGGCAGGCCGAUUCUAAACGAUGCCGACGUUUACGGCCCAAGGAAGUAUAUCAAGGCCUUCAAGUUGCUGAAGGACUGGGUUGAGAACAGUCUUCAGAUCUACAAGUUUGAACUCGCCAAAGUCCUUUGGCCCUUCUUCGUGUACUCUUGGAUCGAAUUGAUCGAAGUCGGUCAGCGAGACGUUGCCAAGCAGCUGCUUGAGACAGUGACGCCCACCUUCGAGAAGCACCACAUUGAUGACCUGAGGACCUUUUCGACCAUCUCUCUUCCUCAGCAUCUCAAAGAGAACCGUAUCACCAGCCUGUACAAGAACAACAAGUACCGCAUCCCUCUCAACCCUCACGUCGCCGGCGAUCUUUUCCAUUUCCUCGAGCGCGAGGAUUCCCAGGGCGGCGCGUGCGUACGGUACGUUCUGCAGACCCACUGCGAGAUCGACUCGACCGCCCGUGGCCCGAUUACCCCCUUCAGUUUCGAGGCUAUUUCGCGCCGAACGGAGGGUCGUGAUCUGGAGGACGUUGACGCCCAGGAGGGUAUCCCUGGUGUGAAUAUUGGCGUCUCGAAUAAGGAUGUGUUGGAUUCAGUUGGUGCGUUGAAGCUUGGUCCCCUCCCCAUGGAAGAGGGAUUGCGUGAGGAUGUGCGAGCCGAAUUGCAGGAUGAGGACCAGCGCAAGCCCCCCAAGCCUGGUCAGCCAUCCUUGGUUGAGGAGUUCGAUCAGAAGAUCAAGCGUGAAGAGACGGAUGACGCUCCCAGCCGCGCUGAUCUGCCCCUGCCCCCUUCGCGAGCUCGCGAUGUGGUCAUGGAGAUGCAGAAGGUCCGGGAGAACCGCGAUCGCUUUAAGAUUGAGGGCCGUACGGGCGGCAUUGGACCAGGCGUAAGCUGCUGCAUGUUCACUUGGCACAACACUUUGGGAAGUGUCUCGUGCCUCGAUUUCUCAAAGGAUCAGAAGCUCGCGGCUGUAGGCACAAUGGACUCGUACAUUCGAGUAUGGACUCUGGAUGGCAAGCCGCUUAAGUCGAAGCAUGCAUCUGAGAAGGAUCUCAAGGUCAACAACCGCAAGCUCAUUGGUCAUUCGGGUCCAGUCUAUUCCGUUUCCUUCUCUGAUGCCAUCGACAGCAAGAUGACAAGUCUCUUUGGCUCCUCGGAUAAACCUCUUCCUGAUACGGGUCCCAAGUUCCUGCUCUCGGCUAGUGGUGACGGUCAUAUCCGCCUUUGGUCUCUCGAGUUGUGGCAGUGUCUUUGCAUUUACAAGGGUCACAGCGGUCCCGUCUUUCGCGUCUCGUGGGGCCCUCAUGGCCAUUACUUCCUCAGCGGCGGCUGGGACAAGACGGCUAGGGUGUGGAUGCAGGACCACGCGUCGGCUCAGCGCCUUCUUGUAGGCCACGACACGAGCAUUUCGGCCAUUGCUUGGCACCCCAACGGAACCUAUGUCUUUUCGGCGUCGGACGAGACCGACAAGUCGAUUCGCAUGUGGUCAGUCAUCACGGGCCAGUGCGUGCGUGUGUUUACUGGACAUACUGAUUACAUCUCGGCCCUCGAGUGUGCGCCCAAUGGCAAGACUCUUGCUAGCGCCGAUAACGCCGGCAACAUUUUCUUCUGGGAUCUUGCCAAAGGAACUCGCAUCAAGCGCUCGCGCGGCCACGGGAAGGGCGGCAUUUGGUCUCUCAGCUUCAGUGCUGAGUCUACGGUUCUAGUAUCGGCUGGCCAGGAUUGUACGGUCAGGAUCUGGGACGUAGAGCUCCCCGCCGAAGGCCACAAGGCGGCGGCAGCCCAACAGCCUCUCAUUCCUCAAGUCGGUCAAGAGCCUGCUGACGGCGCGGGAGCUGCGGCGGCGCAGCCUGGAGGAUCUGCCGCGGCAACGGCGCCCACUCAGGCUCCCAGCGGUGGUGGUGCGGCUACGGGAACGACGGGCGGAAAGAAGAAGGGCAAGGAGGUCAUGAUUACGCCGGACCAAAUCAGCGCCUUCGCAACGAAGAAGACGCCAGUCAUGAAAGUUCAGAUGACCCGCAUGAACCUGGUCGUCGGCGGUGGCUGCUUCGAUCCUGAUCGCUAG